AUGAGCUCGACUCCGCCCUCACAGCCGCCAGCGACGGCAUCGACGUCAACCGCUCCAGGCUCAUCGACACCUUCUACCUCAACAGCCAGCACCAAUGCAGCUGCAGCAGCCAAGCCGCCCAAGCUUCCCCCUCGCGAGAUCCCAGCGGUGCUUCGUCCGCUCGAGUUCAUGGGCAUACCCAAAUCAGUCCUCGCCUGGAAGCCUCGUCUGCCAUCGCGCAACUGGUCCAUCUUCCUCGUCACCGUUGGCACGCUUUCCUACCUCUACUAUGACGAUCGUCGCCAAUGCAGGCUCAUUCGCGAAGACUACAUCGACAAGGUCAAGCAUCUCUCCAACGCUCCUAUGAAGCCCGGAGAGUGGCCACGGAAGAUCACUGUCUACGCUACACGCUCGCCCGGUGACGACGACUACGACAAAGCUCUACGUUACUUCAAGAAGUACGUCAAGCCCGUGCUGGUGGCUGCCGGCAUCGACUGGGAGGUCACCAACGGCACUCGUCACGGUGGUCUGGCUCGAGAGCUGCAGAGCAAGAUUCAGGAGAGGAGACGCAAGCUUCUCGGCCUCGAGCCUUGGUUGGACGAGGUGGCGGCCAUUUCUCAAACGCCUUUCUCACUCACGCCGCAGCAGGAAUUGCAGAGGGAGAUCGACGGUGGUCUCGUGCUCGUCGGCAGGCCGGCGUACAAGGAGUGGGCAUGGGCGCUCAAAAACGGCUGGUCAGCGCCGCUCGAGGUGAUGAAACGAGAUCGUGAUGACGAGCUGGCACAGGUUCUCGCCGAGGAUCAUGCCUUCGACGAGCUCCCUGCAGAGCCCUCUUCUUCCUCGACAGCCGAGAGCAGCAGCGCAUCACCUGCAAGCGAAUUCUUGGACGAGAAGGACAGGGCUCUGGCUGCACUUGCAGAGUCUGGAGGUGAGGAGGACGGCGCUGGUGCUCCACUGCCAUCGCGCUUCGGGUCCGGUGCCAACAAACUUGGCGCUUCUCCCUACAAUCUUGGCUCGGGUCCCAACGCCUUCAACGGCAUGAUGGGUCCGUCCCCUGCCGCCGCCGCUCAAGCCGAGAAGCAGCGCGUCAAGUCGGAAGCAGAAGCUGCGGCUGCUCGUUUGGAUCCCAGGCUGCUAGAACCGCCCGCCCAAAUCCCAGCUCAACCGCCCAUCUGCUUUGUCGACUUCUCCAACCUUGUCGGCUGGCGCAACAUCCCGCUUCGCAUGUACCAAUUCUUCCGACAACGUGACAAGGUACGCCACGGUGCCGAGAUCGGCCUUACCCUCGUCUACGGUACUAAGGAGACUGCGCGCGAGUUCCAAGCCGGUCGGGAAGGCACUUUUGUGGGUCAGGUGGCUGAAGUGCCUCCUCAGGGCGGCGACCUUGACUGGGGUCUUGAGACCGAAGAGCGCUACCCGCCUUACUUCCUCAAGUCGGAAAAGAACCUCGCCGAGGCCAGAGAAAGCUACUACAAAGCGCUGCCCAAGCAUCUCAAAGAUGCACGCGAUCUGGCCCGAGGACUGCGCGAGCAGAGCAAGAUCGAGAAGAACGACCCCAGCAAGACCGAAUCCGAGUUGCGAGAGGAGCGCUUCAAGAAGGAGAAGGAGUGGAGGAACGCCGAGAUGGGCUUUGAGAUUGUCAGGCCGAGUAAAGGGGUUGAGUGGGACGAGAGGUUCCGAGGCAGUUUGAGGGUAUUCGAGCUGCCAACCGAGGUGAGGCAACAAAUUGACCAUCAACAGCAACUCAGGAAGGAAGCCAACAAGGAAACGGAACAGAGGCUGGCAGCGGAAGACAAGAUGAGCAAGGAACAGCAGGCUCAGCGUCAAAAGGAGCUCGAAGCGCAGCCCUUGGAGGAGUUGCCCGUUGGACUCUGA